CGUGUCGCGUUUCCGAUCGCUGACUGCAUUCUCUCUCUUGCCGACCGUUCGUCCGCGUGCGUGUACAGUACAUGUGUCUGCGUGUAAGUGUUAGUGUCUCCGCUUGACCUACAAUCGUACACAGCCAAACUACCGUAAAACACAAAAUAAAAAAGUUAUUGUAAAAAUCGUUACCCUUUGUGCUAAACUUGGUGCGGAAUAUAAUUGUAGUCAAGUGACCUGUGCCAAAUUUCAACACGAGUCAUCUACAGGCGUCGUCCCUCAAUGAUACCCUGAAUCGGACGUAUCAGUGAAAAAUUGAAAGAAGGUCGCUUUUAGAUAAUCGGAAAUGGUUGCGUCCGCUGACCGCCGAGAGAGCUUCGGCGUGGACAGCAACAUAUUCCAACGGACGAAACUAAAAAAAGAAAAGUCGUCAGAUGUAGCUGUGUACACGAUAUCCGUUGGAGCCGGAUACGAUAACCAAGGAUUCAAACAAGAUGAACUUUCGGGUAACGGACUGUCCAAACCACCUCCAAUCGGCGAAGAUGACGGCAACGAAUUGCCAAAAGGCAAAUUCAAGAUGUCACCCAAAGAAAAAUGGCGGAUCCUGAAAAAUGUAUCCGUCAUAAGCUUGGCAUUUAUGGUACAGUUUACCGCUUUCCAGGGUACGGCUAACCUGCAGAGCUCAAUCAACGCUCGCGAAGGUCUAGGUACCGUUUCCUUAUCAGCCAUUUAUGCAGCCCUCGUUGUCAGCUGCAUAUUCGUACCAACGUUCCUCAUCAAGCGACUAACCGUCAAAUGGACGCUGUGUUUGUCGCUUCUGUGCUACGCUCCGUAUAUCGGGGCCCAGUUCUACCCGAGGUUUUACACGCUCGUACCAGCCGGUGUCCUGGUAGGUCUUGGCGCGGCACCUAUGUGGGCAGCCAAAGCAACGUAUCUGACCCAGACCGGAGCGGUUUACGCCAAGCUAACCGACCAACAAGUCGACGGUAUCGUCGUCAGAUUUUUCGGCUUCUUCUUCCUCGCCUGGCAAACGGCAGAGCUUUGGGGGAAUUUGAUCUCUUCUCUAGUAUUGUCUAGUGGAGCGCACGGAGGUGGCGGUGAAGACAACAGCACGUCACUAUCGGAAGACGAACUUCGUUUGUGCGGUUCCAAUUUCUGUGUGAUGGGCAACCAGGCCAUCGACAACUUGGAGCGUCCACCCGACUCGGAAAUAUUUGAGAUCAGCACUAUAUACUUGACCUGUAUAGUAAUGGCCACUAUAAUCAUAGCCGUGUUUUUAGAUCCGUUGUCCAGAUAUGGAGAGAAACAGAGGCGUGCCGAUAGCCAAGAAUUGUCCGGCAUUCAACUGUUGUCUGCUACAGCUUAUCAGCUAAAAAAACCAUACCAACAACUUCUCAUACCGAUCACCAUAUGGAUUGGAAUGGAACAAGCGUUCAUGGGAGCUGAUUUCACACAGGCUUACGUAUCAUGCGCUUUGGGAAUACCUUCAGUUGGAUAUGUAAUGAUCUGUUUUGGCGUAGUGAACGCCAUUUGCUCGUUGUUGUUCGGCACCAUCAUGAAAUACAUCGGAAGGAUACCGUUGAUGUUGUUGGGUUUUGUUCUUCACUCGAUACUUAUAUGGAUACUCAUAGUGUGGAGGCCGCACCCAAACAACCCCAAACUAUUCUUCACCAUAUCUGGACUAUGGGGAGUAGGCGAUGCCGUUUGGCAGACACAAGUAAACGGUAUCUACGGUACGCUGUUCAGACGGAACAAGGAGGCAGCAUUCAGUAAUUUCCGUCUGUGGGAAUCUGUCGGUUUUGUGGUGGCGUACGCAUACAGCACACACCUGUGCGCCAGAAAGAAGUUGUACGUUAUGGGCGUCGUGCUGUUCGUUGGCUUCAUGGGCUAUAUCAUUGUGGAGAUCAGGCACAGCAUCAAAGCGAGACGGCUCAAGCGUUUAGCAGAAAAUCCAAAGCUGGAACCGCUGCCCGACGACCCUGUCAACGAAACGGACGAUGAGAAGGACGACAUUGACGACGAAAUCAUCGUGACACAUUUAUAAACAAUAUGUUUUUUAUCACGAAAAGCAAAGAAGAUUAUCGUGGUGGAUGUGCGUUGAAAUGCAAUGGAGCAACGCUUUCAAGACAUUGUGUUUUUGAAUAUUCAAGUUUAAAAUACAAUGUACUCAGGAGAACACACAAGCAUUUCUCAACUGCUACGAACGUUAUCAUCACUUUGAAACAUUCAAAAUAAAUACAUGUACAUACAUAUAUAUUUUUAGUUCACUUAAGUAGAACUUUGUGGAAAUUAGUGUUAUAUAAAACAUACACUUUUUACCAAUAUUCUUUAAUUUAUUUAUUGCAUUUUGUACAUACUAUUUAUACUGCAUCGUCUAUUACUUUUGCAAACUAUUUAUGUAUACUUACAAUAACACAUACACCUAUAUUAUAUACAAAUUAUUUCAAUAAAAAAAACUUGUACAUUACUUAUUAUGAUAAAUUUUAGAGAUUAAUGAGCCUCAACAUUAUUAAUUAUUUUAUGUAUUAUCUUUACCACAUAAUUUUUGUAGUAAAAGUGAUCUAGGUAUAGAAAUUACUAAUUUAUAAUUAUUACUAGCAACUAAUUGCAGAAAAGUUUAUAUUUGUAUCACAAUUUAAGUAAUAUUAUCUUAAAAUAUUUGUGAACCUUGAUGAUUAAGCAUGAUUUAUGAUAAAUUGAGUUUUUAGUCAAAAUACUGUUACUGUAACUACCAACUCAUAAAUUUUGUCAAACACAUGCUCAUACAACUGGUAUUAUUAUAUGCAGAAUCAUAUAAAAUACUUACGUUUAAUUGAGCAGUGCGAACAUAAUAUUUUGUAAUUGUUGUUAAUUUAUGUUAUUGUGUAUAUUACAUUAAGUACUAUAUUAUUUUAUAAUAGUUAACAAUUCAUAUAUUUAUGUAGAUUAAUUACCUUUAGAAAUAAGAAAUAAAUAUAGGUAUUGAUUCUCAUCAGCAACAACUGUGAUGCGAUUUAUCCGUAACAAAAACGUGUAUAAUGAUUAGGUUGUAUAGAAAUAUAUACAUAUUAACUUGUUCAGCAAAAA